GGGGCGGCUGAUCGGCGGGAGCGCCGGGCCGGAGCCGCGCUGCUGCUGCCGCCGCCGCCGACCCGGGCGAGGCUCGGCCCCGCGCCUCCCGAGAUCCUUUGAGACUGCAAAGACUUUUUAAAGGAAGACGGCAUGAGAUUGGAUUCAGUGCAGUAAAGUAGGUUAGUUUGAGGACAAGAUAAAAAGUCGUUAUUUAGACCUUCUUGUGUUGCCGUGAUGAGAACUUACCAUUGCUUCUGGCUGCUGUUUUGGGCUGGUCAGCCCCACCAAAGUUUCUUAACUCCAUUAUCCAAAAGGACUAGUGGCUUUCCAGAAAAGGAAAAGGUUUUGGUAUUGUCUGGAAACAGCAGGCAAGACCUCCAUCGUUCCAAAAGGAGUUGGAUGUGGAAUCAGUUCUUUUUAUUGGAGGAAUACACAGGAACUGACUACCAAUAUGUUGGCAAGCUGCACUCAGACCAGGAUAAAGGAGAUGGAUCACUUAAGUACAUCCUUUCGGGAGAUGGAGCAGGAGAUCUCUUCAUUAUCAAUGAAAACACUGGUGACAUCCAGGCCACAAAGAGACUAGACAGAGAAGAAAAACCUGUAUACAUACUCCGUGCCCAGGCUAUAAACAGAAGGACUGGAAGACCAGUGGAACCAGAAUCUGAGUUCAUCAUUAAGAUCCAUGAUAUCAAUGACAAUGAGCCAACGUUUACAAAGGAUGUUUACAAUGCCAGCAUUCCUGAAAUGUCCGAUGUUGGUACCUUUGUUGUGCAAGUCACUGCAACUGAUGCCGAUGAUCCUACCUAUGGGAAUAGUGCUAAAGUUGUCUACAGCAUUCUCCAGGGACAACCAUAUUUCUCCGUUGAAUCUGAGACAGGCAUUAUUAAAACUGCUUUGCUAAAUAUGGAUCGUGAAAACAGGGACCAAUACCAAGUGGUCAUUCAGGCUAAGGACAUGGGAGGCCAGAUGGGCGGAUUAUCAGGAACCACCACUGUGAACAUCACCCUGACUGACGUAAACGACAAUCCGCCUCGCUUCCCUCAGAGCACCUACCAAUUCAGAGCUCCUGAGUCUACGCCACCUGACUCAGCGGUUGGCAGGAUAAAAGCUAACGAUGCUGACGUGGAUGAAAACGCAGAGAUUGAAUACAGCAUCACUGAGGGGGAUGGAUAUGACAUGUUUGGAAUUACCACAGACAAGGACACACAGGAAGGAAUUAUCACUGUCAAAAAGGCUUUGGAUUAUGAAAAUAAAAACCUGUAUAUUCUGAAAGUGGAAGCUACCAACACUCACGUGGAUCCUCGAUUCCUCUAUCUUGGGCCCUUCAAGGACUCUGCUACAGUCAGGAUUCAGGUGGAUGAUGUAGAUGAACCCCCCGUGUUCAGCAGACCAGCAUACAUAAUGGAAGUGAAAGAAGACGUUCCAAUAAACAGCAUAAUAGGAACAGUAACUGCUCAGGAUCCAGACGCUGCCAAGAACCCUGUCAAGUACUCAGUAGAUCGACACACUGAUAUGGACAGAGUAUUCAACAUCAAUUCAGGAAACGGUUCGAUAUUCACUUCAAAAUCCCUUGACCGGGAAACACUGCUGUGGCACAACAUUACAGUAAUAGCAGCAGAGAUCAACAACCCAAAACAAAGCAGCCGUGUCCCUGUGUUCAUUAAGGUUUUGGAUGUGAAUGACAAUGCUCCAGAGUUUGCCAUGUUUUACGAGACCUUCGUCUGUGAAAAUGCAAAGGCAGAACAGCUGAUACAAACCUUAAGUGCUGUUGAUAAAGAUGACUCUUACAGUGGACAUCAGUUUUCAUUCUCCUUAGCUCCUGAGGCAGCCAGCAGCUCAAACUUUACGCUACAGGACAACAGAGACAACACAGCAGGGAUUUUCACCCGAAAAAACAGAUAUAACCGACAUGAAAUGAGUACUUACUUCUUGCCAGUGGUAAUAUCAGACAAUGACUACCCUAUCCAGAGCAGCACUGAAACAGUGACUAUUCGAGUAUGCGCUUGUGACCAUCGAGGGAAGAUGCUGUCCUGUAAUGCAGAAGCCUUGAUUCAUCCUACUGGUCUUAGCACUGGGGCUCUUAUUGCCAUUCUUCUCUGUAUCAUUAUAUUACUCGUUACAGUGGUGCUGUUUGCAGCACUGAGACGGCAGCGGAAAAAAGAGCCUUUGAUUAUUUCCAAAGAAGACAUCAGAGACAACAUUGUCAGUUAUAACGAUGAAGGUGGCGGAGAGGAAGACACGCAGGCGUUUGAUAUCGGCACGCUGAGGAAUCCCGAAGCCAUAGACGAUAAUAAAUUACGCAGAGACAUUGUGCCGGAAACACUUUUUAUGCCCCGGCGGACUGCAGCGGCGCGAGAUAACACGGAUGUCAGAGAUUUCAUUAACCAAAGGUUAAAGGAAAACGACACAGACCCAACGGCACCCCCGUACGACUCGUUGGCGACCUACGCGUACGAAGGUAACGGCUCUGUGGCCGAGUCCCUCAGCUCCUUGGAGUCGGUGACUACAGACGGAGAUCAGGACUACGAUUACCUCAGUGACUGGGGGCCUCGCUUCAAAAAGCUGGCAGAUAUGUAUGGAGCAAUGGACAGUGACAAAGACUCUUAAUAUGUUGCCUUUUUUGUUGGGUUUUUUUCCUUUUUCUUUCUUUCCUCAUUUUCAGAAACACCAUUGAGAUAUGUGAAGUGGCUAUUUCUUUCUAUUUCUCCACAGCUGUGUGAAAGGGUUCUCCCUUCUACCCGUUCAGAUUGUCUAAUGACUGCAGUCUGUGUGGAUCAGCCAUCAGAAAACUUUUUCUAGUAUCAUUUUCUGAGCUUCCAAGAGGCAAAAUUCUUAUUUUUUAGUGCAUCCAGUUUACCAAGCCAAUCUUACAGGCACAGCAGUAGUGGAAGGGAAAAAAAAAAAAAAGGAUCAGAUGGGGAGCAAUAUUUUUACUUGUUCUGCUUAUAUUGUAAAUUGGAGUAUAUUACUGUUUAAGCUCACUUGCUCUUUUUACUUGUACUCAGACUAUUCAGCUCAGAAGACCGCUCUGUCAGUUGUGUAUUGCACAUCCCAAUGUAAUGAGGUACUCUAGUUUACCCCGUGUAUUAUAGUUAAAAGUAGUGGUGGUGGAAUGAAGGUUUAUUAUACAAGUAGAGUAAGCUGAGGAAAAAAAACCACCAUCCAACAUGCAUUUUACUCGUGCAGAGGGUAGAAAGGCCCAACGGUCAUUUGAACCCAAGUGUUUUUUCUAGAACUCACCCUUGCCCCAAUGCACUGAAUCAUACUAACACACACAUAUAUAUAGUUCAUUGACUGCUAUGUAUAUAUUCUUCUGAUCUAGCAUUGCUGGGGAGAUGUGUGUGCGUGCAUGUGUGUGUGGUCAGUAGCCCCAAUAUCUAAUUCUUAGACAGUUUCCCAGUUCUAACCCAGACUUGCCUUGUGACAAGAGGGAAAGUCAUCUAAUCCAAUUCCAGAUUAGAUCUCGAAUCAGAGGAAGAAGCAGAUCGUAACUGUACUUUUAUUUGUACUUCUUCAGCCAGCCUCCACCUGCACAUCAGUUCAGUGACAGCCACUGUGCUGGCGAGGUGGGAAUCAGGCUUUUCAUAUCCAUUUACUUCUGCCUAUUCUCACGUGCAGGAGGUCAGCAGCAGCCUCAAGGUGACUGUCAUCUACUGGGACAAAAGUAGAAGCUGCAAAGGAGGAACGAGUGGCUUUUUUGUCUUAACCUUCCCUGCCUGGAUGCCCAAGGUGGCUUC